AUGGGUGUCACAAAUAAGAAGACCCUGACAAAGACGCGGAGGAAGACGAGGGACGUCGAUCAGAUCAAGGCCGACAUGCGCUCGCCAAGACACUUGCAGCUUUUCAAGAACACAAAGGCAAAGGAGGAUUUGCCCGGGUUGGGUCAGCAUUACUGCGUCGAAUGCGCCAAAUGGUUCGAGACCGAGGUCAGCCUCGUCGGCCACCGCAGAGGCAAGCCCCACAAGCGCAGAGUCAAGCAGCUGAAGGAGGAGCCCUACACCCAGAAGGACGCUGAGGCUGCCGUCGGUCUCCGGACGGACAAUAAGGGCGUCAACAAGGACGGCCCCGAGAAGGCCCUCGACCAGGAGAUUGAGAUGGAGACUUGA